GAACGGGGAACCUGCUGGUGCCCCAAGCGAAUAGUGUGUAUCCCAACCCGCCGCAAAAUUUCCAUCGAGAGUUUGCAAGGUAAGAAGGUCAUAUCCAACAGCCAUCCACGACAGUCAAGAUGGUUUCCGCCAAGAAGCACGUUCCUAUUGUUAAGAAGCGCACUGCUCGCUUCUUCCGCCACCAGUCCGACCGCUUCCACCGCGUCGAUGCCUCAUGGAGAAAGCCCAAGGGUAUUGACGGUGGUGUCCGUCGUCGCUUCCGCGGCAUGAUCCCCAUGCCCAAGAUCGGCUACCGUACCAACAAGAAGACCCGUUUCAUGAUGCCCUCUGGCCACAAGUCCUUCCUCGUCAACAACGUCAAGGACCUCGACCUCCUCCUCAUGCACAACCGCACCUACGCCGCUGAGAUUGCCUCUGCCGUCUCUUCCCGCAAGCGCAUCGACAUCAUUGCCCGCGCCAAGCAGCUCGGCGUCAAGGUCACCAACUCCAAGGCCAAGGUUACCACCGAGGUUUAAGCCUGCCCCGACAUCUCUUUACGAAAUACCCCCUCCUCGGCACCCAAUCCCUACAUCUUAUUCGCCGCAGCGAGGGGCGGCGCGGCUUAACGGAAAUCUUUUGUACUUGCUCAAAUCUUUCUUUUUCCUUUGCAUGGAGCAACAAAAAAAAUCAAAACGCUAUUGUUUGGGAGUCGGAAAUGAACUUUCCCAUGGCGCAACGAAAUGGAUAAAGGGAGAGUGCAUGGGUGCACUCUUCUUUUGGUAGAUGAACGGAAGCUUUAUGUGUUCCCUGUCUCGACGGGGGGAGGAGGCUUUGGUAUAUUCGGAGGGAUAGAGACUCCUCUGUAAAGAGGGGUUUGUCUUGUCUUGUUUUUGGGCCGCGUUGAUUGUACGAGGAGAUGGGGAGUGAAAAGGACCAACGGGGAACGUUGUUUUUUGUUUCGCAUGUUGUCCGAGGUCACGCGGCUUGAGAGGGCGAGGCUCGUCGUACUUUUUGUAUGGCGGUCUGUCUGUUUGAUGUACUUUGUUUCUUCUUUGCUGGUUUUCGUUUGGUAGAGGUUGAGGCAUAUGAUGUGUCUAACGAUAAAAUAAACAAAGUUCCCCUAAUC